AAACCCUCAAGAACUUUCCCUGUCAUCUCAUCCUCUCCCACUCUCUGCUCUAACGCGGUGGCCAACGACCUUUCCACCACCAUUCCUCCCCCAAUAUAACCCACCAGCCUCUUCUCUCUCACUCCACCAAGAAGCUCUCUUUCUCUCUCUCUCUCUCUCUCUCUCUCUCUCUAAAAUAUAAGGAUCAAAUGGGGGACAAUCACAAGAUGGAGGAAGUGCCAAGCCCACCAAAGAGCUACUCUCUAGGCGGCAAAUUCAUGCUAAGCGGGAUUGUCAUCUUAUUCGCCUUCGUGGUCUUCGUGGUGGUCGUACACCUCUACGCUCGGUGGCACAUACUCCGGGACCGGCGGCGCCAACUCCUCCACCGACGCAGCCGCGGCCACCGCCGUACCCACAUCCUUUUUCACUUCGACAACUCUAAUUCCACCGCUACCUCCAACACCAUUCGCGGCCUUGAACCGUCCGUACUAAACUCAAUCCCAGAGUUUAUCUAUUCCGCCAAGGCCCACCCGGAAACGCUAGAAUGCGCCGUGUGCUUAUCGGAAUUCGAAGAGAAUGAAAAGGGUCGUCUUUUACCAAAAUGUCACCAUUCUUUUCAUAUAGGCUGUAUUGACAUGUGGUUUCACUCUCACUCCACUUGCCCACUUUGCCGGUCACCGGUUGAACCGGUUCAGGUGUCCGAAAACAAACGGUCUGAUGAUGUGGUGGUUUCAGUGUGUGAGACUGAACCGGGUUCAAGUUCUGGGAUGUGCCCCACCUGUCAGAGCGAUGAACAUAGCGCUUCGACUUCGUUGGAGGAUCGGGGGAAAGGUUUGGUGGACACGGUGGGUGUGACGAUAGAGGUACCAAGAAGAACUGAGUCAAGGGACGAGUUGGGACUGAGUUCACCUUCGAGUCAGGGGUACAGAUCGCCUGGGUCUCGUUUGUUGUCUCUGAAAAGAAUGCUCAGUAUGAAUAAAAAAGCUCCCGAUACCAGCACGAGUUGUGCGUCGGUGCGUACUGAGUUGGAUAUAGAGAGAGGAUUAAUGAGUUAACUCAGACUUAAACUCGAACACAGACAACAAGGGUGAUGUAGAUAUUCAAUGGACAAAGAACAGUCACGCGACGACGACUUGUUAGAACUUAGAACGUUGAAAUUUGUCAAAAAAAAAAAAAAAACACGACAUUCGGUGAAAUGUCGGAGUCUUGAGAUUAAGAAGUGGGGUGUUAAGUCGUGUUAUUAUAAAUCGGAUUGUUAGCUAAUACAUAUUUUAUUUCAACUUUUUUUAUUUGAAUUGUGAUAUACAAAACGUAUAUACUAAUGCAGUUGUCAACUCUGAUUUGUUUUGUUGAUACGAAU